GUCACUUUGGAACUUAAAAGGUCCCUCUACACUCCGCAAUUGAACCCCAGAUUUUCCAGAAUCAAACAGUCACACAAUUUACUACAACAUGUCUUCCUCAGAAGGUCUUACUUUCACCGUGCUCGGCUCAGGCACCAUGGGCAUCGCCAUCAUGGGCGGCGUCAUGGCCUCUCUCGCCAAAGCCAAAACGCAAUCUGCGCUCGCCGAUUCCUCCUCCACAGAUGACACUAAGCCCUCGCGUCUCCCCUCCAAAUUCGUCGCCUGCGACACCUGGAAGCCCGCUGAAGAGAAGGUCAAGGCCGCACUGGGACACUACAACUUCCCCCUCAAGACCCUCACAAACGACAACCUCACCGGUGCAAAGGAGGCCGACAUCCUCCUCCUUUCCUGCAAGCCCCAUGGCUUCCGGGACAUCUUGGGCGCAGAGGGCAUGAGGGAGGCCAUCGCUGGAAAGGUCCUCGUCUCCAUCCUCGCCGGCGUGACGAAGGAGCAGAUCGAAGAAUUCCUCUACCCAACAGGCAUCCCGGAGAACGCAUGCAGGGUCGUCAGAGUGAUGCCCAACACCGCUUCCUUUGUCGGCGAAUCCAUGAGCGUUAUUCAGUCUUCGGAUCCCCCUCUCUCGGACGAACAGUUCAAAUUGGUCAACUGGAUAUUCAACUCCAUCGGCCGCACUGUCACGUUGGCUCCCGCACAGAUGGACGCUUCGACCGCGCUGUGCGGCUCGGGUCCUGCUUUCUUUGCGUUGGUCCUUGAGGCUGCUGCUGAUGCAGGUGUUGCUAUGGGUCUGCCUAGGGCGGAGGCACAGUUAAUGGCCGCGCAGACCAUGCGUGGAGCAACUGGCUUGGUCCUAAACGGAGAACACCCCGCUGUUUUGAAGGACAAGGUCUCUACACCCGGAGGUUGCACCAUCGGUGGUUUGAUUGCCCUUGAAGAGGCUGGUGUGAGAGCUGGUAUCAGCAGGGCUAUCAGGGAGGCUACUGUUGUCGCAAGCCAGCUCGGACAGGGAGUCAAGAACGUCAAUGGAACAAGACACUAAAUCUAGAAAAUUUUUGAGUAAAAGUGUUAUUAGAUAUCCUAAAGAAAAUAAAAGAGAAUUAUAUGACAAA